AUGGCGGCUUGGCCCAUCGCACCCCUCCUCAUCAACCUCGGUGGGUCGCUGCUGGGCUUCCUAGGCACGCUCACACUGAUCCCAGCCUUCAGGGACCACUUCCUCGCCGCGCGGCUCUUCGGCGAAGACCUCAACAAGGAAUCGCGGCGGCCCGUCCCCGAAGCACAGGGCGUGAUCAGCGGGGCUAUGUUCCUGAUCAUCCUCUUCUGCUUCAUUCCUGUGCCCUUCUUGAGGUGCUUCGUAGAAGAGCAGUGCAUGGCCUUUCCUCACGACAAGUUCGUGGAGCUCAUCGGUGCGCUUCUUGCCAUCUGCUGCAUGAUUUUCCUGGGCUUUGCAGAUGACGUUCUGAACUUGCGCUGGCGCCACAAGCUCCUUCUUCCUACCAUGGCUUCCCUCCCACUGCUCAUGGUUUACUUCACCAACUUUGGGAACACGACCAUCGUGGUGCCUAAACCCUUUCGGGUGCUGCUGGGCAUGCACUUGGACCUGGGUAUCCUCUACUACGUGUACAUGGGCAUGCUAGCAGUGUUCUGCACAAACGCCAUCAACAUUCUUGCUGGAAUUAAUGGAAUUGAAGCAGGGCAGUCUCUGGUGAUAGCUGCUUCCAUUAUCAUAUUCAACCUUGUAGAGUUAAAUGGGGAUUAUCAAGAUGAUCACAUUUUCUCUCUCUACUUCAUGAUUCCUUUUUUUUUUACCACGCUGGGGCUGUUUUACCACAACUGGUACCCAUCUCAAGUGUUUGUUGGGGACACCUUCUGCUACUUUGCCGGCAUGACCUUCGCUGUGGUGGGUAUCUUGGGGCACUUCAGCAAAACAAUGCUGCUUUUUUUCAUCCCGCAAGUGCUCAACUUCCUCUACUCGCUGCCUCAACUAUUCCACGUCAUUCCUUGUCCCCGUCACCGGCUGCCAAGGCUGAAUCCUAGUACAGGAAAGCUGGAGAUGAGCUACUCCAAAUUCAAAACUAAGAGCCUCUCUGCCCUGGGAACAAAUAUUCUAAAGGCAGUCAAGAUCUUGCACAUAGUGGAUGUGAGGAGUGGAACAUAUGAAGAUGGUGAAUACACAGAAUGCAGUAACAUGACACUUAUUAACUUCAUUAUAAAGCUGAUUGGACCCACUCAGGAGCGAAAUCUCACUCUACUCUUGCUACUCAUUCAGGUCCUGGGCAGCAUGAUUGCGUUUUCAAUCCGGUACCAACUAGUGCGCUUGUUCUAUGAUGUCUGACCGGUCUGGUGCAGGCAGAAGAGUUGUACCUGCCAGUUGCUGACAGAAUGGUUCAACUGAUUGUAGACUGGACCACCAAGAACCUCAGGAUACCUGUCAAAAUAGAAGCAACUACUUUGGGUCUGCCAGAUGACUGUAGUCAUCUUUCUGGUUUUGGUGCACACAUGGCUUUUCUCUGAUUCUUCCAACAGAAAAGAUUCACUGCUACUCAGGCAUUGUCAUUGCUGGGAAUAACUUUCAGAGAGGAAGUAAGUGACCAAAAUGUUUACUCACAGCAUUUAGGGCAACUGGGAAAGAUGAAAUCUCUAUACAUCUAGCAAGCAUGUUACUGUUUCCUGAGAGAGAAAACAGGAGCUUGAAUUUGUAUGAGCCUCUGUACCAUAGAGGAACAAGUAAAUCGGAAUGCUGUCCUGACUUUUCCAGUCCUUACGCCGGUCCAUGGACACAGAAUGACAUGUUAUAAAACCCUGCCCAAAACUCAUAGCACUCUGAGAA